GGAACUUGCGCCGCGCGGCUACGCGGUUCCCAGGCAACAGUGGAUCACGCCAGGGACCCUCAGCCGGGCCUGGUUGCCGAGGAGACCGUUGGGUCGCGGCCACUGCAGCUACAAGGAUGGAGGAUCCUGAAGGCAGCUGAAACACCUCCUUGGAGUGACUGUCACGACAAUGAGUCACGAAGGCUCGAGGCAGGCUCGAGAUCGUGGGGUAACCCGAUCCAAGGCAGAAAAAGCCCGGCCACCCACCCAGCCGGUGCCGCAGGUGGACAUCGUGCCAGGACGGCUCAAUGAGGCAGAAUGGAUUGCGUUUAUGUCCCUGGAGGAGGGAGAGGACGUAGUGGGUGACAUCUUGGCCGACCUUGUGACACGAGUUAUGGAGUGUGCCUUCAAAGUCUAUCUGACCCAGCAGUGUGUUCCAUUCACCAUUAGCCAGGCCCGAGAGGCCAUGCUGCAGAUCACUGAGUGGCGCUUCCUGGCCCGAGAUGAGGGAGAAUCUGCAGUGGCUGAGGACCCCACGUGGGGAGAGGAUGAGGAGCUCCUGGCAUGCACCACGGAUUCCUGGGCCCAGGGCUCCGUGCCUGUACUGCACACACCGGCGCCCAUUGGUGUAGAGGAGCACUUCCACAAUGAAGAACCUGGGAAACCCAACCAGUUCCUUUUAGGUUCAUCGUGGGACAAAGAGUCCCAGGAGCCUACACAAUCUUCAGAACCUUCUGCCGAGCCCAAAGUCACCCCGAGACCCACGGUCACCUUGGAGGCGUUUGAGGAAGCUGAGCCCGGGGGUGCCUUGGAAUUACCCCAUGGCCAAGAGGGAAGCCAUAUGUUGGCUGUGUCCUCGAAGGAGUCUUUACGAUCUACGCCGGAAGUCGAGCGCGCCCACAGCCCCCAGGCUUCUCUGAAGCAGCCCCAAAUCGUCAGUCUGCAGGCCUCUGAGGAGAAGCGAUCAUCCUUCGACUCACACCUGUCGCUCGAGGAUCUUAACCUCUGCGUACCUCAGCCAGACGCGGCAGGGGACCGGCUGAGUUUUAAGAGCCAGGGCCAGCUCCGCAGCAGCCCGAUAAGGUCGGUGUCCGUCCACGGUGCACUCACCCCGGAAGAGCCUUCCGCGUUCUUGCAGCCUGGAGACUUGGAAGUGCGGCCAAGCCACAAGACCUCCACGUUGCGCGUGGAUUCCUCGCGGCUGCCCCGACACUGGGUGCGCCCCGUGGCCGAGGUCCUGAUCCCAGACCUCGAAGUGCGCCCUUUGGAAAUAUAUCGCGGGCGCCCGCGGAGGAGUCAAGCUGGGGCCCGAACCUCAGCAUGCGAGUCCCAAGCCCUUAGUUCGCGUGCGCCCUCCAAACUCCAUGUCUCUAGCCCAAGGUUCCCUCUCCAGCGUUGUGCUACAUUCCGUGCUUUGGGCCCGGAUCCUAGUUUAAACUUGGCCCAAACCUCACCUUCCUUCGGGUCAAACGUGCCAUUCCUCAGCCCCGGGUUCCGCUUCCUCGCUAGAAACCCAAUCCCUCCCGACGUCGCCAGCACCCCUAGCCCCAAACUAUGGCCCCUAGCUAAGUGGCCAAGUGGCUGGGAGCGGGAGGCGGAGCAGCUGGGAGAGCUGUGGGCGGGUCGGACUCGCGUGCCUGCACAGGGUCAAGAACCUGUGGAGGUGACACCCUUGGAGGAGGACUCUGGAUGGCCCCUAGCGGCGCCCCAGGUCCUCGAGGCUACGUCCCAAGUGCUGUGGAAGCCCAUGGUUAUUUCAGAAACCAUGAAGCUGGUUCCUGGUGUGAGCAUGUGGAACCGGGGCACCCAGGAGCUGUUCAACCCUGCUGUCAUCCAGGAGGAGGCUGAAGAAGGCACCCCCCAGGCGCCUGAGCAGCAACCCAUCCAGACAGGUGUGUCCAAACCUCAGGUGAUUAUGAAACAGCUAAGGAACGAGACCCCCAAAGCCUGGCUGCUCCCCACCAAGCCUGUGCCCAACUCUGGGUCCUGAUCCUCCACACUGGGAAUUGAACCUUGCUCAAAAAUAAACGCAUUGCCCCAGGAACUGACUGGCGAGAUGGUGCCAUUUUUUCC